AUGCUCGUUUCGGGGCCCGUCUUUCAGAAAGCGACGCCAGCGCGUGCUACGUACAUGUCUGUGUCGUGGAUACCUCCUACGUCUAAUGAGUGCGAUAGAUUUUUCUCUCAGGCGAAGCUGUUGUACACGGAUAUGCGUAAAAGCGUGGAUGUAAACACGCUGGAAGUGCUGAUGCUUCUUUUCUACAAUUGA